UCCACCUGCCUCUGUCUCCUCCCUCCUCUUCCCGCCUCCCUCUCCUCAGUCUGGCUGCUGCUGCUCAGAGAGGAACAGCUCCGUCCGCUUGCCCGUCUGUCUCCGUGCCUUUCCGCCCGGGUCUACCUGUCUCUCGGUCUCUAACUCUUCCUCUACCUGUCUCCCCCCUCCCUCCGUCCCUGGCCACCCCCCUCUCGGUGCGGACAUGCAACCGGGGCUCCGGAGAUGAGGCUCCGAAAUGUCUCCUUCCUGACGGUGUUGUUGUUCGGGCUGUGCGGGCUGGUCUCCUUGUCCUGGUACACCGCCUUCAGCAGCUCCAGAGGAGAUGUGGUGGACAUCUACCAGAGGGAGUUCCUGGCGCUGAGGGAGCGCCUCCACUCGGCGGAGCAAGAGAACCUGCGGCGCUCCAAAGAGCUGAACCUGGUCCUGGAGGAGAUAAAGAGGGCCAUCGCCGAGAAACAGGCGCUCAGAGACAUCAACCGCACCUGGAGCAGCCUCUCAGAGGAGACCAGGCUGAAGCUGUGGAACGUGAGCAGCAGUAAAAACACUCUGCAGCUUCCCUCCAUCUUCCAUCAUCUUCCUCACCUAUUGAACAGGGAGGACAGCCUGCAGCCUGCCGUGCACCUGGGACAGGGACGCACUGGAGUCUCCAUAGUGAUGGGGGUUCCCAGUGUGAAGAGGGAGGUCCACUCCUACCUCACCGACACGCUCAGCUCUCUGAUGUCCGAGCUCAGCCCCGCUGAGAAGGACGACUGUGUCAUCGUCAUCCUCAUCGCUGAGGCUGACCAGCAGUACGCCAGCAGCGUAGCAGACAACCUGAAGCGCCUUUUUCCUGCAGAGAUCCAGUCGGGUUUGUUGGAGGUCAUCUCUCCAUCCGUCCACUUCUACCCUGACUUCUCCCGACUCCGAGAAUCCUUCGGCGACCCAAAGGAGAGAGUCAGAUGGAGGACGAAGCAGAUCCUGGACUACUGUUUCCUGAUGAUGUACGCUCAGUCUAAAGGAACGUACUACGUCCAGUUAGAGGACGACAUAGUUGCUCGUCCAAACUACUUCACCACCAUGAAGAACUUUGCAUUGCAGCAGCCCUCGGAGGAGUGGAUGAUCCUGGAAUUUUCCCAGCUCGGCUUCAUCGGUAAGAUGUUCAAGUCCAUGGACCUGUCACUCAUUGUGGAGUUCAUGCUGAUGUUCUAUAAGGACAAACCCAUCGACUGGCUACUCGACCACAUCAUGUGGGUCAAGGUGUGCAAUCCUGAGAAGGAUGCGAAACACUGUGACCGGCAGAAAGCCAACCUGAGGAUUCGGUUCAAACCAUCUCUCUUCCAACAUGUUGGCACCCACUCGUCUCUGGCUGGAAAAAUACAGAAACUCAAGGAUAAGGACUUUGGGAAACAGACCCUGCAUAAGGGCCACGCCAACCCACUGGCAGAGGUGACAACCAGCCUGAAGACCUACCAGCACUUCACUCUGGAGAAAGCCUACCUGGGGGAGGACUUCUUCUGGGCCUUCACCCCUGUAGCAGGGGACUUCAUACGGAUACGCUUCUUCACACCUGUGCGCAUUGAAAGGUAUUUCUUUCGGAGUGGAAAUAUCGAACAUCCAGGAGACAAACUUUUCAACACAUCAGUGGAGGUUCUGCCAUUUGAUAAUAUUCAAGCAGAGAAAGAGGCUUUAGCAGAGGGGAGGGAGAAAACACCAAAGUACUACCGGACAGAAGACGGAUUCAUCAGAAUAGGAUCAUUCCAGAAUGGGAUUGCAGAGGGUGAGGUGGACCCCACAUUCGGGCCCCUGGAGGCCAUGCGUCUCUCGGUGAUGACAGACUCUCCAGUGUGGGUGAUCCUUAGUGAGAUCUUCAUAAAAAAAGCCGAGUGAAGCCCUUCUCCCCCUCAGCGAUACCUCAGCACCUCCGAGCGGUCGGCCCCGCUGACUGGGGCCUCCUCGACCGCUAUCCUGCCCCCAUCCUGCUCACCAGAUCCUCACUGAGGUGCCACAGCGCCUCCGCCUGUUGGCACCUCGUCGUUGCAGGGCUGAACAGACUGGAAACACUGAUAGUGUGGAACCUGCUUCCUGGCAAAAAGAGAAACUCCUCUGAGAUGAUGCUGUAAUUGAUCGUGAAGAAUCUGUAUUUAGGUGUACAUAGGGAGAUAGAUGAAAAGUCUGGCGGGGCAGUGGCGAGAACACCACGCCACCUCUGAUGAUGAGCCUGCUGCUUUGACACGUACACACUCAAAGGCCUCUUUCUGUCUGGACCUUUCUACCCACGCUACAUUUCUCCCACCACCCCCACAGUACCUUGUAUGUGCAUAUAUGCAUAGAAAUGUACACACUUUCAUAUGAAUGCCCUGUCAGUGUGUCGGUGUGUGUCGGUAGCUGUUACUUGGGGUUUCCCACCAUCCGUCAGCGAUUUGCCUUAAAGAUGAACAACAGGUUUAUUUCUAACAAAAACAGGCCCCAGAUCAAACUGUAGCGAUGACAAAUACCCAGAAUCCUCUGCUGUGACCUCAGACCUUCUCACUUCAUUGUGGCUUGAAACUACUGACAAUGAGCUGGUGUGUGCUUGUUCUUUUGUUUUGUUCCUUUUUAUAUAGUUUAAUUUUUUGUUAAAGGAGCCUUCACUCACGGCUGCUCUGUGUUCUCCCUCUGCAGUACUGUUUUCCUCUGCUGUCCUCUGUCAUACUGUCGUUUUCCAGUAUAGUGCAAAAACAGAUUCGUUUUCUUAUUUCUUUCAUUAGCAGUUUUGGUAAAUGGUGAUAGUAUAAAAUUCUUUCAACCAUUUAUUUUUCAUUUCUCAUGAGACAGAAUCUUUGUUGAACUGUUCCCUUAAAUUACUAAUUUAUGUCCCUUAUACAGUAUAUUUCUUGGUGCUCAAAAAUGAUUAAAUUAAUGUUCCCUUGUUUCGUCCACUGUCUCGCUGGGCCAAAUGGUUUUAGUCCUCAUUGAUUUGGAUCUCACAUUGAGACACGGGGACAUCAGGUUCUGACUGUCGGAACAGUCUCGGGACCAGAUUAUAUUUCUAGGGUAGGGGGUUAAGUCCAGGGGCUCAUUUAAGGUUUAAUCUGUGCUUUGGGGUGAAUUUUGCCAAAACAUUUUUGCAACCAGGGCUAGAUGAAACCCUUGAGGGUCCUUUGUAGUAAAUAUCCAAUGUGGAUCCCUGUUAAGUCCCCACCACCACCCCUGGUUUUGCAGAGCCCCCUACCUCUGACUUCUGAGGUUGCAUGAAAUUUCCACUGAGCAAAUAUGACCCCAGUUUGAGUCCAGAGGCCCAGAGAUUAUUCAGGAUUCCUUCACUGGACUAUACCAGCCCCAUGUUUACCAUUUAGUUUGUUUAAGAACUUUUAGGAACCACUGGAGUAAAAUAUGAAGUGUUUAAGGUGUUGAAACAAGAUUUUAACCCUUGACCCCUCUAUGAGACUAAAAUGAAUGACCUACAUUAUAUUUUUUUGUGAUUUUGUGGUGUAAAUCAAAACACAUGGGCUUGUGACCACAAGGUCGACAGUUUGAUCCGUGGGCCAGCAGGACUAUUGCCUCUAGUCAGACCCUGGACCCAGCUGCCCCAGUGGAUCAGCAUAUCAGGCUGUAGUCCUACUGGGAAACAUCCAGUGAGUGUGUGCCCCUGACCAAUAACGGUUAAACAGGUGUUAGCCUUUAAACCAAAUUUAGCCUGGAGACAUCUUUUCACCCGCAAAGCAGCAAAUCCACAUUUACUGUUUUCUUCAAGUGUACAAAUGGUUACUUUAAGCGAAGAGUAAUAAUUUAAUAAGCUUUUCCCUCCACUACAACAUCAUCAUGAGUCUGCAUGAUGCAGAUCACCCCUCUUGUCCAUACUGGGCUUCAUUCGUUCAUACAGGCGUCCUAAUGGAAAACAGACCGAGCAGAGUUGUUCAGAUAUGAGGUGAACUAUGAACUUCAGGAAGCAUCCUGAGUUUUAUUUUUGAUUUGGAAGAUGCACUGGAAUGCAUUGCUAUAAUCUUGUGUUUGUCUUUUGUACCCUUUAGAUAAAAUCUAUUUAAAUGAUCUCAAACUUCUAUUCAAUCUGUGAAUUGUAAUAAA